GGAAGAGGCCACUUCAUUCGUUGCCUGCGCGACUGCGAGCACAAGUAUUAUUUACACGUUUUGCGGCUGUUCGGUCCCGAGCACCUCGAUCUUACCUGAGACCACUAACCUACCCGCUGUCCAUGUUAGUCUAGCUCACGCGAUAACCUCGAGGAGAGGCUGCAGCUCCGUGGAGCCGCGCUGCGAAGAUGUUCAGCUCGGCGCUGAAGUCGUUCAAUUCGAAUAUCAACUCCAACUACACGGUUGCGAGCGCGCCCAGGUCGACGUCCGGCCCCUGGAGGAUAUACGAUGCGAAGAAGAAGUCGACGGGGAAGGCCGUGUCGGUCUUCGUGCUCGAUCGCAAGUCGCUCGAUGCCCACUCCGGCUCCCUGGGGAGGUCGAGUGCCUCGUCCAUGAAACGUGCCACCGAGGAGGUUGUGGAAAGGCUGAAGAAGGAGGCGUCGUCGCUGGCUAGGCUACGACAUCCCAAUAUCCUGGAGCUGGUGGAACCGGUCGAGGAAACCAGGAAUGGUGGUCUGCAGUUUGCCACGGAGACAGUGACGGCUUCGUUAUCAAGCUUGCUGCGGGAGAAGGAUGAGGAGGAGAGAUCUGGUGGGGUGGGUGGACGGCCAAGCCGAUAUGUCAGAGAAGACGGCGAAGGUGGCCGGAGGCGGAGAGAGGUGGAAGUUGACGAGUUGGAGAUACAAAAGGGUCUCGAGCAGAUCAGUAAAGCUUUGGAGUUCCUCCAUGAUAAUGCUGGUCUAGUCCACGGCAAUCUGACUCCUGAUGCCAUAUUUGUCAAUGCGAAGUCUGACUGGAAAAUCAGCGGCCUGAGUUUCUCAAGUCCCCCUGAUAACUCAACCAAGCCAUCGUCAGUGACGCCUAUAAAUAUCUCCGAGGCCCUCAAUAUCGACCCUCGACUUCCUCGUUCCGUGCAAAUCAAUCUGGAUUACUGCUCCCCAGAUUUUGUACUCGACUCGAACUUAAAUACGGGGGCGGAUAUGUUCUCUCUUGGACUUCUCAUAAUCGCACUCUACAACUCUCCUCAUACCUCGCCAUUGGAGACAAACUCGAGCGUCUCGACGUAUAAGCGGUUGUUUAGCACUCCAUCCUCUAUCCCGUCGCUCAGUAAUAGCUUCCUUUGCUCACAGCCCCUUCCGAAAGAACUGAAGUCUGAAGUCUUGCCACGUCUGAUCACCAGACGACCUGCCCAGCGCAUGACAGCGAAGGAGUUCCAACAGAGUUCCUAUUUCAAUAGUAUUCUGAUCUCCACGAUUCGCUUCCUGGAUGAGCUUCCUGCUAAAACACCAAAGGAGAAAGCCCAAUUCAUGCGUGGACUAACCCAAGUACUUGGAUCAUUUCCCACCACAUUACUGGAGAAGAAACUGCUGCCGGCGUUACUUGAAGAGAUGAAAGACCGUGAUAUCCUGUCCUUGAUAUUGCAAAAUGUUUUCAAAAUCAUUAACAUCUUGCCGAACGGUCGUCGACCGUUCACGGAGAAGAUCAUACCUAGACUGAGGGAGAUCUUUCUACCUCCUAGUAAUGCCAAGGGUCCUCCUGAGCGUGAUCCGGCCAAGGAGUCUAGCUUGCUGGUGUUAUUAGAGCACAUCACCCAAAUUGCAAACAACUGUUCUGGAAAGGAGUUCAAAGAUGACAUUCUUCCUAUACUACUGCUUGCCAUUGAAUCUCCCACGCAUGCUGUUGUCGAUGCCUCCCUCCGAAGUUUGCCCGUCGUUCUCCCUGUGCUCGACUUUUCGACCAUCAAGAAUGAACUGUUCCCAGUCAUUGCCUCUGUUUUUACCAAGACUACUAGUCUUGGUAUCAAGGUUCGAGGUUUAGAAGCCUUCGUGAUUCUUUGCGGCGGUUCAUUAGACCCGGCUUCGAAUAAUGAUGGCCUGGACGGCAUCACGAACAAUGCGAUCAAGAAGAGCAGCUCAAGUGCCCUUGACAAGUAUACAAUGCAGGAAAAAAUCGUUCCUCUUAUUAAAUCUAUAAAAACGAAGGAACCAGCAGUAUCUAUGGCUGCUAUGAAUGUCCUCCGGCAGGUGGGCACCGUAGCUGAUGAGGAAUUCGUGGCAUUACAUAUCCUUCCUAUCUUAUGGACCAUGAGCCUAGGCCCGUUGCUCGAUCUUAAACAGUUCCAAGCUUUCAUGGAGCUCAUCAAGAAAUUGUCUUCCCAAGUUGAGGCGGAUCGGACAAAGAAACUAUCAGAAUUAGCAGGUACCAAUGGUUCGAGAACCAGAGGCAAUGAUGAUUUCAUGUCGUUCGGCGCUGCAGGUGCCUUCCAAUCCAAUGGUGGUUCUGACAACGCUGAGGUUGAUUUUGAAACUCUUGUGAAAGGAAAUGCUAUUGGUGGAGCGACUAUCAACCCUAUGGAUUCGGGGUGGGAUUCGACUCCAGCAAAGGCGGCUGCACAAGUUCCGCAGAAUACUUCAAACAAACCACAGCCAGCUACAUUUUCUUGGUCUACACCGAGCUCGACUGGGCCCGCUUUCUCCGGGAACUCCGGGAGCUCGAUGGGAGCUCUCAAGCCUCAGCAAGCUCCAGCACCACGGACUAUCACGCCUGAUCUGUCGCGCUUCGAUGCUCUCACACCAACUACCACGCAAUUCUCACAGCCUUUACAGCCCACUCCAUUGCAGCAAACGAGUUCUAGCCCGCCUCCUCUCCAACCUCAGAGCAGCUAUAAUGCUCCCUUGCAGCCCCUCACGAAUUACAAAACCCUUGCCUUCCAGCCACCUCCUCAAACGCAAACAUUACAGAGCCUACAGAGUCUACAGAGCCAGCCAACAUCCAUUGAUUGGGGGGCUGCUGCUACCGCAAGCCCAUGGGCGAACAGCAAUGCGCCAGCAUCGAAUACUUCCUUGGCAAGUCUAGGAAACUCGAUGUCAAGCCUAUCGAUGAAUCAGUCUCGGCCAGCCAUGCCCUCACAACCAUCUUCAUUCUCACUACCCCCUCCGCCCGGGCCGCCGACCAGUUCUUUCGGCGCCCCUCCUCCAUCCGCGUUUGGCAUGCCCGGCCCGGCCAAGCCUGCGUCUCAACAAAAGUCUGGUUUGGAUGCGUAUGAAAGUUUGCUAUGAGUCACGGCACAGGAGUCUGGCGCGGAUACCAGGAAUGUAGUCUAGUCUAGGAUCAAUACUAUAUAGAGAGGAAUAAAUGACACUGAA